CAGUGCAAGAGCGCAUAAAUAAUAAAUUCUAUAAUCUAAUAAAAUAGAAUACCACAGACAAUAGACUACCUUACAUAGUAUAAAUAUAUUAACGGUCAGAGGAGUAAAUGUGCCAUAGAAAAGUAAAAUUUGAGUGGAAAAAUUCCAAACAUUCUUGCUCAGUGACUUGAAAAUAAGAUUUAUGCCAUCAACUUAGCCAAAACUCUAAAUUAUCAGGCCUAAAUCGUGGCUUAUCCGUUUGACGGCUUCGUUUCACUGUGCUGCUGUAUCCCCACAUUUAACCACAGUACAAAAGGCUAUCUUAUCUCGCUUGAGCUCUAGACUCGAAGUGCAAAAAUAUCUAAUGACCAGAAUGAACUCGACAACUUACACAACUCAAACCUAAAUUCUUCAAUGCUAAUCAAUUAAUAACUUUUACCCAUACAAAGCGUGGAGAAUACGUCAAUCCUAUUUGACACUCAUGUCCGCCUAAUAUAAAAUUUAAACGGUUUUCCUAGAAAGACCACAUUUAGUCCCAGCUAAUAUUUGGUAACUUGACCCACUGCCAAUUGCCAAAAACGAUAAAAUUUUGCUGACCGCGUUUAACAUUAAACAGUUUUCGACUCCGGAAUACUCUGUAUCAUAUGGAAACAAAGUUGAAAGAUAGCAACAGCAGCCAACACUAAUACAACACAAUGAAAGAUAAACUGGAAGAGGUGGUGGCCAACAGUAGAAAAGUGUCUACGACAGCGGCCAGCAUACACGAAAUGGAUAUAGAUGCAUCCGAGCUGAAUGAUCCAUUCCAGGCACUCAUGGAAAAGGCGGGCAACCAUGGACGCUAUCAGACACUCUACAAUUAUGUGUUUGUCGCUGGCCUGGCCUUUGCCGGUGCCCUGAUCUACAUGAACAUCAUAUUGGCACUCAAUAUGCCCGAGCACUGGUGCACUGUGCCGGGCAGGGAGCUCACAAACUACACGCUGGAUCAGUGGCGCGAUUUGACAUUGCCCAAACAGACAGACAACCGGGGGAAGGAGACGCACAGCAGCUGUGAAAUGUACGAUAUGAACUUUACAGAAGUAACCGAUUUUUCAGCCUGGACCAAUAGCCGCAGCAAAAAUCAAACCACAGUUUGCCAGCAUGGCUGGAGCUACGACCAGACCUGGUAUGACAGCACAAUACCCACUGACCAGAACUGGGUCUGCGCCAAGGAUUUGUUUGUAACAAAUGUGUUCGUUGUGGGCCGCGUCACGGAGGUGGUUGGUUCCUUUAUAUUUGGACAAAUGGGCGAUUCCCUUGGACGCAGAGUGGUCUACUACAUUAGCGUCGUCUUCUGCUCGGUGGGACGCAUGGGCUCCGUUCUAUGCACGUCCUCAUAUACAUGGUUUCUCAUCAUGUCCGGCAUUGUGGGCCUCACCGUCAACAGUCUUUUUCAAUCGCCGCAAAUUAUUGGCAUGGAAAUCUCACGAGAGGAGGAUCGCAGUCGAAUUGCCUUCUUUCAGAGCGUUGGCUGGUCUGUGGGCACAACGCUGAUGCCGCUGCUGUUCUGGUGGCUGCGCCACUGGGAAUCCUUUAUGUGGCUAACAUCGCUGCCCACGGCGAUGGUUUUAAUUUUCUCCAAAUACGUCAUCGAAUCGCCGCGCUGGUUGAUUAGCAAGCAGCGCUACCGCGAAGCCAUUGUGCAGCUAAAGAAGAUUGCCAAAAUUAAUGGCCGCACAUUCGAUGUGACCGAGAAAGAGCUGGCCGAAAUCUAUAGCCUGGACAAGCAAGAGGUAACCUAUGGCAUGGCCUCGCUGUUUGCCGGCUGGCGUCUGGCGCGAAACACCACCAUCAUGGGUUUUAGCUGGUGCGUGGUUGCCGUUUCGUACUUCACAUUGGUGCUGUUCAGCUCGCGGAUGGCGGGCAAUCCGUUUUUGAACUUUUUGUACCAGAGCAUUGUGGAAAUACCCGCCUACAUGGUCGGCAGAUUUCUGGGCGAUAAAUACGGACGCCGCUUUACCAAUUCGGUAUCCUUUCUUGUCUCCUUCAUCACCUGCUUGCCCAUCAUUGCCUAUGCCACGGAUGAGCGCUUCGAGUGGCUGAUGAUCUAUUUGGCCACGUUCAUCAAAUUUCUCAAUGCGGUUACAUUCUUUACGGCCAAUCUGCAGUGCCUGGAGAUCUAUCCGACGUGCAUGCGUCAGACGGGCAUUGCACUGGGCACAAUUUUGGCAAAUGCAAUUGGCGUGUUGGCCCCUUAUCUGGUGUAUCUGGGGACGACGGUAAACAUACGCGCACCUUAUUAUAUACUGGGCACCCUGUUUCUGCUGGGCGGAAUCGGUGCCCUGUUUCUGCCAGAGACCCUGCACAAGAAGCUGCCAGACACCAUCAAGGAAGCAAGGAACUUUGGCAGGCACGAUAAAUUCUUCAGUCUGCCAAAAGCGCCGCUGGCCCAGGAAAAUAAGUCUACAUCUCAGCCAGAGCUAACCAAGCUGAAUCAGCCGGCAUUUGCGCCUUGAAUGAGCAGCUGAAGAUGAAGCUGAAGCUGAGGCAGAAAGGCAAUUGAUUUGCUUGGCCCGUUGUGAUGUUACAUUAAGUACGCCCCAAGUAUUACGAAUAAAGUGUUGUUAUACUUAACUGUA